CCUUCUGCUCAGCUGAUGAUGAGUCAGCUGCCCACUCAAGCAAAGAAAAGUUUGCUUUAGGAAUCAUAUGAUCGAAAACUCGCGGCCGGUGCGGGACUUUCUGCUACUUCCUUAAACUUAGAAACACUUUCCCCUCCCACAGUCCUUCAUCCCUCAAGCUUUCGGCAGCGAGGACUGUGUAAGGAACCAUGGUGCCUGCGACAAAGUAUUUGGGACUCGGGCGAUUCGUCUUGCUCGCGGUGCUCACCUGGGUGCCGAGGUGCACUACAGCCGUAAAACGACCCAACAUGGUGCUGAUCCUCAGCGACGACCAGGACGUGGAGUUGGGUGGCAUGACUCCAAUGAAGAAGGUCAACAGCCUCAUUGGUGAUGCAGGGGUCACGUUUCUAAAUGCGUUUACGGUGGCACCACUGUGUUGUCCGAGCCGCAGCAGCCUGCUGUCAGGGAAGUAUCCCCAUAAUCACAUGGUCAGGAAUAAUUCCCUGAGUGGAAACUGCAGCAGCAUACUAUGGCAGAAAAUAGAGGAACCACAGGCCUUCCCAGUUUACCUGCAGAAGCAGGACUACCAGACCUUUUAUGCGGGCAAAUAUCUUAAUCAGUAUGGCAAAAAAGAUGCUGGUGGAGUUGCCCAUAAGCCCCUAGGAUGGAAUGUAUGGAAUGCACUGGUUGGCAACUCUCAGUAUUAUAACUACAGUCUGUCAGCAGAUGGCAAGGAGGAGAAGCAUGGUGACCAGUAUGAGAAGGACUAUCUGACUGACCUGAUUACUAACCGGUCAGUUGAAUUCCUUAACAACAAGAAACCUGGAAAGCCAUUCUUCAUCAUGCUGGCUCCUCCAUCUCCCCACUCACCUUGGACAUCUGCCCCACAGUAUGCUGGCUUCUUCAGCAAUGUCCAGGCUCCCCGUGACGGCAGUUUCAACCAAUCUGGCAAGAAUAAACACUGGCUGCUUCGUCAAGCUAAAAGCCCUAUGUCCAGCACCUCAGUGGAUUUUCUGGACAAUGCCUUCAGAAAGAGGUGGCAGACUUUGCUCUCAGUGGAUGACCUGGUUGAGAAGAUUGUCAUGAAACUGAAUGACACAAAAGAGCUGGAUGACACCUACAUUUUUUAUACCUCUGACAAUGGCUAUCACACAGGUCAGUUCUCUCUCCCCAUUGAUAAACGGCAAUUGUACGAGUUUGACAUUCGAAUUCCUUUGCUAGUGCGUGGCCCUGGGAUCAAACCCAAGCAAAAGCUCCAGCAACCAAUCCUCAACAUUGACCUCGGACCUACUUUCCUGGAAAUAGCUGGUCUGGCUGUUUCUAACACCACCAUGGAUGGCCAGUCAUUCCUACCACUGCUGACUGCACCCCAAACAAACAACACAUGGCGGUCUGACUUCUUGGUGGAGUACUCUGGUGAAGGGAAUGAAGAGAAGGAUCCUGACUGCCCUGCACUUGGUCCUGGGGUCUCUCAAUGCUUCCCAGACUGUGUGUGCGAAGACGCCUUCAACAACACGUAUGCCUGUGUGCGCACCUUGGCCGAAGCCAGCCUGCAGUACUGUGAGUUUGCUGAUCAAGAGGACUUUGUGGAGGUGUAUAACGUGACCUCUGACCCACAUCAGAUAGACAACAUUGUGAAGAAAGUGGACCCCACCUUUUUGCAGGCCAUGAACCAACGACUUAUCAAGCUGCAGUCUUGUGCGGCUCAGUCUUGCAGGGACAACAAGCGAUAGCGGACUGUAGGCCUCAUUAUGAAGAGACGAGGCCAUUUGCUAACAGAAAGAUUUCUUAUGAAGCACUUUCGGAAUGUGUGAUGAUGCGCUGGAGGCUCCAGUAUUUGUAACUGUGAAGGGAAGCUUAUUUUAAAAUGGACACAAUGCACUGGGCGGAGUAGCUGCAAAUUUGUUGAUGGAAGCAGUCAGGGUUUUAUGGGAGUGAUGCUCAUACUCCUUUUCUUUUUUUGUUUAUUUUGUUACAGCAAAACCACAGUUUUAGACUAGUACAAGGGAGGGGGGAGUCAAGCUAAAGUUAGAAAAUGGGAUUUAUUAGAAAAAGGAACAAACCUUAACAGAACUGAUGUCUCCACCCUUCUCAAUGCACUUGCACCACCUGCCUGGAUUCCUGCAGAAUAAAAGGUUUUGUCUUGUCCCCGCGACCACCCAGAUGUAUUUCUAGAGGUCCAAAAAGAUGGAAAUCACACGGUGCCAGAUCUGGCGAAUAAGGAGAAUGUGGCAAUGCCUCAAACUUCAGUUUCUCCAGACAGGCCUUGGUGUUCUUAGCAGUUUGUGUUCAUUGUCUUGCAGCAAAAGGUCUCCUUGAGACAGCAGUCCCCACCGCCUGGAUCGAAUAGCAGGCUUCACAUUGGUCUCCAGCAAGUCCCUGUAACUUGCCCUAUUGACUGUGGUACCCCUUGGCAUGUAAUACCUCGGGUGCAUGAGUGAUUGUGAGGACAAGGCCGAACCUUUUAUGUUCUGGCACUUCCAGGCAGGUGGCACAAGUGUGUUGAGAAGGAUGGAGAUGACAUUGAGAAGGUUUGUUCCAUUUUCUAAUAAAUCCCAUUUUCUAACUUUAACAUGACUCCCCCUUGUAUUUUAUUUGUAAUAAAUAAAUUCAAAUCAAAUUCAAAAUCCGGUCAAGCCCUGGUCCUGGCAUGGCACAGCAGCCUCGUUUUUGAAGUCUGAAGGCCUUAAAGGUCUGCAGUAGUGGUCUUGAUCUCAUUUCACUUGUCUUAGGAGGAGCUUUUCCACUGGUCAGCACUCUACUUUAGAUUUCCUCCAGCAUCUUGUUCCUCCCAACCUUUCAGCCUCAUGUUAGGACACUGCUAUUGCAAACUGUUUGCUGUGCUUACUUAUCGUUGGGGCAAGGUGGUCAGUCAGUACUCUGCCAAAACAAAGUUUAUCAGAGCCUCAGUAUUGCAAUUAGUCAUUACAAAAUGGACAUUGUGCGGAUUGCCUGGAUAAACUGAUUAGCAAUUAGUUGUUACAAGUGGCUCAGUAAGGCUCUUUAAUUAUGGGUUGGUCGGUUGGUGCCCCCCAUUACAAAUGGGCCAUUCUGCUGCCUGCCAGUACAGGCUGUUUAUGCAGCACUGUGUUGUACCCAUCUGGACAGCCUCUCCAUUGUGCUUUAGUUAACUUGCUGUUCCAGACCUCACUUAUUUAAAAUUGGCCAUUCUGCACUUUGCUAGUAAUAGGCCAUUUGCUAAAAUUUGCUCCUGGCCAAAUACAUGAGUGGUCCCUGUCAACUGGCAGUUUCCUAAAGUGAAUCAUUUUCUCACUUUCAGUGUCUUUAUGACAUUGACCUGAAAAGAGUGGCCCAGAUCUCCAGUUUACGCUUAACCAACGUGUUACAAAGACGAUGCUGCAAUCUGCAUCUGCACCCUAUGGUCACUGACAGAGGUUGUCUUCUCCCAUUCCUCUUAUGUAUGUAACACCAGGUGACAAAGUGAAGCACCAAAAAAAGAAAAGCAGAAGAGAGUGGAGUGUUUACACUUUUAUUCAAGCACUAGGUUAGACUUCCCCACCUAAGACCAGUUGAAAUUUAAGCAACCAUGCCAUGCACAUGUCUCUGUCAUAUGUGAUUUGGGGUGGGAUUCGUAAAAGCUGUGUUAAUGUUUUUGACAGAAAACACAAAAAUAGUCUCUUUCAAUUUUCCAUUUUCAAGAAAAACAUGCCCUAAAGUACUCUAAUUAAUUAAGCAUUAGUCGGGGAAGAAAAAAAAAUAUACAGCAGGGAAAAUAAGUAUUGAACGUGU